AAACCCUUCAGAUGAGAUUUCAACCCGAAAGCAGACGCACAGCCCAGACUCCCAGCAUGGUGACUCUGUGCGUCCUUGUGAUGCUCACCCUGGUUUCUGCACUCGCAGGUGUCUCUGGUGACGAGAUCAUCGGAGGACAUGAAGUCAGCAAGCACAGCCGCCCCUACAUGGCCUACCUGCUGAUUGGCAGAGAGCGCAGAAAAACCAGCUGUGGAGGGUUUCUGAUCCGUGAUGACUUUAUUAUGACUGCGGCUCACUGCAAAGGACUCACCUACACUGUUUUGCUUGGAGCCCACAACAUCCUUGAGGAUGAAGCCGCACAGCAGGUCAUACCUGUAGAGAAGGCCAUUCCUCACCCCAAUUACACGAACAUUAACUACCAAAACGACAUCAUGAUGCUGAAGCUGCAGAAGAAGGCGCGCCUGAGCCAUGAGGUGAACCUGAUUCCCCUGCCGGCCGAUCAGAGCAGCGUGGGGGCAGGAGCAGAGUGCUGCGUGGCUGGGUGGGGUUCAGUCAACAAGAAAGGACGCAAGCUCUCUAACACACUGCUGGAGGUGACCGUGACUGUGAAGAGCCUGCAGGCCUGCAGGGACCACUGGGGAGAAGAGUUCAAUGAGAUGAACAUCUGUGCUGGCGUUCCUGAGCGUGGCGUUUGUAAGGGGGAUUCUGGGGGACCCCUAGUCUGCAAUGGGGUGGCACAUGGUGUCGUCUCCUAUGGCAGCAAGCCUUGUGAAAAGAAGCCCAGUGUCUAUACCAACAUCUCUGCCUUCAUCCCGUGGAUUAAAGACAUCCUGGGCAAAAACUGAGCUUUCCAUGAAGAGCAAUGCUGCACAGGGACACAUUUUUUUUUACACCUAGCUGGCUGGCAGUCUUUGUGCAAAAGCCUGCCUGUGAAAAAUGCCUCAUCGAAUUGAAAUUUUGAGAUUGUAUCUUAUUUGCAACACAUCUUGCUUGUCAGAUCCCUGUCACCAAGUGUAUGUGUAAGCUUACUUUGCUUCAAAUAAAGCUUUUUUAUGAAUUGCACUGUGA